UAACCAGUGAUAGGACGAGAGGUAAUGGCCUCAAGUCGUGCUCGGAGAGGGUCAGGUUGGAUAACAGGAAAAAUUUCUUCCCUGAAAGAGUGGUCAGGCAUUGGAACAGGAUGCCCAGGGAGGUGAUGGAGUCACUGUCACACGGAGAGGUGGCACUGAGGGCUGUGGUGAGUGGGCAUGGCGGGGGUGGGUUGGGGUCUUUGAGUCCUUCAUAAUCUUGGAGCUGUUUGUUUCGCUGGGUGAUGCUGUUCUGUGGGCGUUGCGCCUCAGCAGCGUUCAUAAAUUCAGAACCUCCUUGAUGUCACAGCUGCCCGGACUGUCACUGGCAAUUGCUCUAAUUGCCAGAGGUUAUGAAGAGCUUGGUAGAAAAAGAAUGCCAGUUUAGGAUGUAACCUCAGUAACAGCCUCAGGCUUGGAAGGAGCUUUCCCCUGUUGCCAGGUCACAAUGUGUCUCUGUUCCGAGGAGCGCCUUCUCUCAUCUGCCUGGCACCAGGAGGCCCUGCCAGGGGAAGGCUGCACACCUGCAGGACCCCCCAGGGGUUUGGGAUCCCCCACGGGCAGGAUUUCAUCUGAUGGCAGCUGCUGAAGCUGAUGCUCAGAAACUGAGCUCUCUCCAACUGCAAAGAUGGUAAUAAACGUCUGUCUCCCACACUUCAAGCCAAGAAUUCAGUGCAACAAGAUCUCUGCUGAUGGUUACGAAGUGGAGAACCUGAUCUCUGAAGACCUUGCCAGGAGAAAUCGUGGUUUCCGCAGCGAGUACUUCAUCAAGCCUCCAGUCCACGUCACUAUCUCUUUUCCUUUCAACAUUGAGAUCUGCAGGAUUAAUAUCGACAUCUCAUCCGGAGGAUACCAAGCCUUCUCCGGGCUGGAAGUUUACACCUCUACCUCAUGUAAUAAAACCUCUUGGCAGAGCCCCGAGGGUCAGUUCUCAGGUCUGGCCGGUCAGGCUGUGUCGGACAAAGACGCUUUCACACUGGUGGGCAAAGCUGUCUUAAAAAAUCAAAGCAAAGUGACGUUCGGCCACAGAGGCUUCAAGCCGAGGCCUCCCUUCCAUCAGAUGGAAAAUGUCUUCUCCUAUCCCGGCGCCGUGUCUCAAGAGCUUUGGAACAAGGGGCCUUCCUCGCUGAGCAACGUGUCGCACUUAAAAAUCUGCAUCACCCACGUGGCCGGAGGUGGAGUGCCUAGCAUCAAGAGGCUGGAGGUGUGGGGACAGCCUGCCAAGUCGUGCCCGCAGGAGGUGAUCGAGGGCGUCUUUCAGGUCGCGUCGCAGUGCGUCGCCCAGGAGGUUGGCACCCUCAAGCCUGAGAUCUGGACGCCCAUGGAGAGCGACUGCGUGCCCUUCAGCACCAACGACAGCGAGCGGCAGGCCCUCCGCAAGUUGGUGGACGUCGUCCAAGACAUCCCUGAAGAGUUCCUGGACCCCAUCACUUUGGAGAUCAUGACCUUCCCCAUGCUCCUGCCCUCCGGGAAGGUGAUUGACCAGAGCACCUUGGAAAAAUGCAACCGGAGCGAGGCGUCUUGGGGCAGGGUGCCCAGCGAUCCUUUCACUGGGGUGGCCUUCAGCCAGCACUCGCAGCCCCUACCUCACCCCACUCUCAAGGCCAGGAUAGAUCACUUCCUCUUACAGCACAGCAUUCCCGGCACCAACCUGCUCGGCAGGGCUCACGCCUCCGAAAUGCUCGUACCUUCCUCCGUAACGUCUUCUCUGAAAAGGAAAAUGGACUGCGUGGAUCCGACUUCUGUGCAGCCGCUUUAUUUUUCUUCUACAAACUUACUUGUCACAUCUACCUCAGAGAACAGUGCUAAAAAAAUGAAAACUGACAGUGACUCGCAUUUGAUCCAGAUGGACUGUUCUACAGGCAUACCUGAAGCGUGCUGGAGUCGCUGUCUGCAGCUGCUCUGUGGAUGUAUCUGUACUUCGUGCAGCAACGCUUGCCUCUUCUCUCUGGUAUUGUCAAGCAGACUUAGUGCUUCAGGCAGGAAUCCCACUGGUAGCAGUCUCAGAAACAGAGGAGGCCGGAGUGUGCGUUCCUGCUCCGAUCCGUCGUUCCGUGCUGUAGGAAGUACUGCGGAUUGUGGCAGGCCGGGUCCUGAUCUGGUCUCUCACGAACAAAAACUGUCCGAGAGCUUGGACACCGCCUUGAACUCAGCGCUCAGCUCCAUGCCAUCGUUCACGGCCAAGCUGAUGAAGAGCCAGCAGCAGGCGCAGAGCGAGGGAGGCUGCAGCACUUCGUGGAACGCGGGCUCCGUCCUGGAGCACAGCAGGAGCGGGCAGAGCCAGGGUUGCGCGUCCUGCGGCAAAACCUUCUCGUCUUACUUCAAAACGGAGCCCAUCUACCAGCUUCCCUGCGGCCACCUCAUGUGCCGCCCGUGCUUGGCCGAGAAGCAGAAGGCUCUGUCCAUCCUGUGCGUGAGCUGCAAGAGGUCGGUGGCCACGCACGACGUCGGGAGGGUCCACUUCUAAGGCCUCGGGAGGAGAAGCGGGAGCCGCUGCUGUCCCGUGUGUCGGCGUGGGUUCGUGCGAGGACGGCGGCCAAACGAGCAUCGUUGGAGAGAGCUCCUUGUGCUUACACAGAGUAGAGUGGGGGGCGGGGGGGGGUUAGAGCAUCGCGCCGGAGCCAAAAGCGAUCUUGAGGAUAAUAAAAGCCAUAGCUUCUUUAACAAGGAACGAUGUAUUUAUACGGAACUGAUUGCCACCUGUCGCACCCGCCCUCCUACCACCAUCCCCGUGGCUCAGUGGUUAGCAUAGGUGCCUUGUGGACGGUGAGUUUAGCUUCCCCGGGGGUUCAAACCAUUUCAACAUCGGACGAGCAGCCGCUGGGCCGCGGACCGGGCCGAGUCCUUGUGGUUGGCAACGUGCAAGCGACCCGACUUCUCCCCUCCCCACCUCGCUCCCCUCGCACGUGGCUCAUCCUUCCCAAGUGCAGCAAGGCAGGAGAGGAGCGGGCGCUCCUGCUCACGUGGACUCCUGUAGAAAAGUCAUCGCGUUACACCGAACGUCCCCUCUCGGUUUCUGUCGUGUGACUGGACCAGCUCCCGUCUGGCUGAUAGACAUUUAAGCCUUAAUAAAAUUAUGGUUAAAGUCA